AUGGCCGACAGCGGUGGCACCGGCAGCUCUGGGCCCUGGUGGAAAUCGCUAACCAACAGCAAGAAGAAAAGCAAGGAAGCCACGGUGGGGGCACAGCCUCUGGCCCAGCCAGACCCCGAGGAGCCCAACCCGCCCAGCCCAGAAUGGACUAGCAGCUCCCAAGAGAACCAGCACCCCAAUGUCCUUGCGGGCGCCAGCGAGUCCCCCAAGCCAGACAAAUUGUGUGGGGAGAAAUCUGGCAACAGCCGCCGCAAUUUGAAGAUCUCAAGAUCUGGCCGCUUUAAGGAGAAGAGGAAAGUGCGUGCCACGCUGCUUCCAGAGGGAGACAGGUCCCCAGAGGAGGCGGACUUCCCUGAUGAUGCCCAGGAGGACAAGCAAUAGCUGGAGUGAGCACUCUAAGGCUUAUCUCUUUUCCCACAAUAAUCCCAGAACCCAGUUCCAUACCUGAGAAUUCUGACCCAGCCCCCUAUUUGGUGUCUCACCCCACCAUAUUCAUAAUAUUCACCCGAGGCCUCCAAGAUUUUAUUUUUCUGGAAAUUGAAGUGUCAAUUGAGUUCUCAAUAUUUCAUGACUCAAAGAUGCAUUAAGUAUUUAUUUGUGGUAAGAGAAGAUACAUGCCUCUGAAGAAGUUGGCAUAAUUAUUAUUUUUUCCCCAAGGAGCUGUUUUGGGGCAUUUGCCCUUGUUCUUGUCAUCUAUGGGAGUGAGAGUGACGGAGCGGGCCUUCUUUCAGAGAAAGUAGCUGAACUUGAACUCUGCAGCCCUCAAAUGAGGAAGGCUGCUCUUAUUGAAGAUUCUGAAGACUUUCUCGGGAACAUCAGAUCUCAGUGCUGUUUUUAAUGCCUGAGAAAUGCACUUCAGGGAUACUUCCAUAGACUUACACCUUAAGUGAAGGGGUGGGGAGGGAAGAAGCAGUAAGUAGAAACAUUUCAAAGUGAGGCAGUAUUGCUUCAAAAAUAGAACUACAAAACCGAACAGCAUAUUUUAGUGUGGAUUAUUAAAAUUGUUGUACUGUAAGACUUAAGGUGACUUCUGUAUUUUUUUUUCCAUUCCAAGACAGAAAUUCAUCAUACUUAAAAGCAGGCAUGCAAAG